AUGCAUUUCUAUGAAAAUAUUCAAGAUGUUGUUAACGUCAAACCUCUUCUCAAUAAAUAUCGUGAAGAUAUCUCGGUUGUCUAUCAAGAUGAAAAACUUCAUCUGUACAGCUUGCAUGCCCAUAAAUAUCUUGUUGAACAAGUGCUCUCACAUGGAGCUUUAUUUGCACAUGGAUGCUUUGGUGAUGAAAGCUUUCUGGGAACAUUGAAGAGAAGCAGAACAUGGAAUAGAAGAAUCCCUUUUCAAAUAUUUAAAUCCUAUUUAUUACGAGAUUGGGAAUUGAAUCAAGAACAUACAAAAACCACUGUUAAUAGUAUAUUCAUAGAUGAAAAAAUCUUCGACAAAUCAUUUGUAAAUUUAAAUGUUCAUGACGAUUAUUUUAAUGACUUCCAAGUUUUAUACAAGAUUCAAUUUAAAGAGGCAAUGAAUGAGAAUUUUUCCUUAUAUUGCCGUUUUCAACGUGGAAUUGUUAAAUUUAGUUCAUUACUAUAUAGUAGAAUAGGUUCACAAUUAACCAACAUAGUUUCUUUCAAAAACGCUUCGUGUCCAGUAAAAAAACAUAAAUGCUUUGCUAUCAUAAUUUGGUAUUUUCACUAUGAAUCUACAAACUAUGCGUUUAUUAAACUAUUAAAAUGUACCGAUAAUGUUAUCAGAACAACACGUACUGAUGGGCUUGGUAAUAUUGCACAUUCAUUUAUUGAUCGAUUUUACAGCGUAAUUGAUAUGAACACAUCUGAUCUUUCUAUUAUAAAUGUGAAGCACAUUCUACAUCAGUGUGUUAUUAUUCCAUUUUAUGAUUUACAUUUAUUUUCAGAAGUGCUUUGUAAUUAUGAACAUGAUUAA